AUCUGCCACCAAUCAUCAAUGAUGAAACAAACUUUAAUAAUAAUCACUCUUUCCCCUUUUCUUAUUCUUCUCUUCAUUAUAAUAACAGGAGUGGAAGGGGCAAAAAGGUCAUUUGGGUCAUACAACAACAAAAACUCUGUAAAAUUGUUUGUUUUUGGAGAUUCCUACGUUGACACAGGAAAUUUCUUGAACUCGGGAUCAUAUAAUCCUCCUUAUGGAAUCAGUUUUCCCGGUAAACCAACCGGAAGAUUUUGUGACGGUCGUGUCCUCACUGAUUACGUUGCUUCUUUUUUGAAAAUAAAGUCACCUACCCCAUAUGCGUUGAGAAAUUCGUCAGAACUACAAUAUGGUAUGAACUUUGCACAUGGAGGGACAGGUAUUUUUAAUACAUUGGUUGAUGGACCAAACAUGAGUGUACAAAUUGACUCAUUUGAGAAGUUAAUUGAGCAAAGAGUGUAUACCAAACACGACUUUGAAUCCUCAAUUGGUCUUGUGAAUGCUGGUGGGAAUGACUAUGCUACAUUUGUACUCAAGAACGGGAGCUUGCAAAAUAUAUCAGUCUUGACAGAAUCCCUUAUAGAGCAAAUGUCAUUGAAUCUUAAACGCAUUCACAAUUUGGGAAUAAACAAAAUAGCAAUUGGUUUAUUAGAGCCUAUUGGCUGUGUCCCUAUGUUAACCGUAAAAUCUUCUUAUGAGAAGUGUGAUGAGGCUUUCAACUUGGUUUCACAAAAUCAUAGUCAAAUGUUACUCCAAAUUGUGCAACAAUUGAACAAGCAAAUGGGAAAAUCAGUUUUCAUGACACUGGAUCUCUACAACUCUUUCCUCUCCAUCAUUGCAACUAUGCAGAAAAGUCGAGUUGAAAACUCAACAGUGAUGAAUCCGUUGCAACCUUGUUGUAAGGGAGAAGAUUUGAAAUAUUUUUGUGGAAGUGUGGAUGAUAAAGGAGCAAGAAAAUAUAGUUUAUGUGAGAAACCAGAGUUUUCACUCUUUUGGGACACAGUUCACCCCUCACAAAAUGGUUGGUAUGCAGUUUACAUGAUGUUGCAAUCUUCUCUCGGUCAACUAAUUGGAGAGAAAAACUUUUGAUCAAUUAUAGAUAUGUAUCAUUAAUUUCAUCAUCCUCAGCUUAAUUAAAAUUACAUUAUACUUGCCCGUCUUCCGAGAAGUCACUUGAUUGAGUAGUUGUUCUACGACCUAAAGAAACUCGAUUCGAGACCCGACAUCGGAAAAAAAUUACAUUAUACUGUAUGAUUUUGCCUAAUGAUUUUUUUUUACAAUAAUGAACACAAACAAAAUUGUCUUUUGGACUA